GACAAACUAACUGCAAAGAAAUUGCUCAUAAACUACAGCAAAGAAUGAAAAAGGUAGCGAGGGGGGUUUAAAAGAAAAUUGAGAAAAUGUCCACUGGAAAACAAGACGUGAUUAUCAUUGGUGGGGGCUUGUCUGGUCUGUCAGCUGCCAAGCUGCUGAUAGAGGAAGGCCUGAAAGUGCUGGUGUUAGAAGCGCAAGAUCGUGUUGGUGGAAGGACAUACACAAUUCGAGGUCCAGAGUUCCAGUACGUUGACUUAGGGGGAGCAUAUAUUGGACCGACUCAAAAUCGGAUUUUGCGUUUGGCCAAGGAGCUGGAAAUAGAGACUUACAAAGUAAAUGAGAAAGAGAAACUGAUUCACUUUGUAAAGGGGAAAUCUUACCCAUUUAAUGGGCCAUUCCCUCCUGUGUGGAACCCGAUUGCUUAUAUGGACUACAACAACUUCUGGAGAACUUUGGAUGACAUGGGAAAUGAGAUUCCUGCAGAUGCACCAUGGAGCACUCAACGUGGAGAAGAGUGGGAUAACAUGACCAUGAAACAGUUAAUUGACAAACUUUGCUGGACCAGAACGGCGAGGGAAUUUGCCACACUCUUUGUCAAUGUGAAUGUCACUUCAGAGCCUCAUGAAGUCUCUGCACUUUGGUUUCUGUGGUAUGUGAAACAAUGUGGAGGGACGAGACGAAUAUUUUCUACCACUAAUGGAGGCCAGGAAAGGAAAUUUAUUGGCGGCUCAGGACAAAUAAGUGAGCGUCUGGCUGAAAGAAUGAAGGACAGUGUGAGAUUGAGCAGACCGGUGGUGGGAGUUAAACAAGCGGAGGGUACUGUUGACGUGGAGACGCUGCAUGGAGAGAGGUACAAGGCAGAUUAUGUCAUCUGUGCUAUUCCUCCUGCCCUCACCCAGCAAAUCCACUUCAGUCCUCCAGUGCCUCCGCUUCGUAACCAGUUGAUCCAGCGGGUGCCGAUGGGCUCCAUCAUUAAAUGCAUGGUCUACUACAACCAGCCAUUCUGGAAGGAGAAAGGUUUCUGUGGAACCAUGAUGAUCGAAGAUGAGGAGUCACCUAUUUCCAUGACACUGGAUGACACCAAGCCUGAUGGUUCACACCCUGCAAUUAUGGGGUUUAUACUGGCGAGGAAGGCUCGACUCUUGCUUGAUCUCACCAAAGCAGAGAGGAAGAAAAGAAUUUGCCAGAUUUAUGCAAAAGUUCUGGGAACAGAGGAAGCCCUGUAUGCUGUUCAUUAUGAAGAGAAGGACUGGUGUGCAGAGCAGUAUUCAGGUGGCUGCUACACUGCAUAUUUCCCACCCGGAACAUUUGUUCAGUUUGGCAGAGUUCUACGAGAGCCUUUUGGGAGACUCUACUUUGCUGGCACCGAAACGGCUACCAAGUGGAGUGGGUACAUGGAUGGAGCGGUACGGGCUGGGGAACGUGCUGCCAGAGAGGUAAUGUGUGCAGUGGGAAUCAUUCCAGAGGCAGCAAUAUGGAGUCUCGAGCCUGAGGUUCAAGAAAUUCCAACUCAGCCGAUGACCAUGACUUUCUGGAUGCGACACCUGCCCUCUGUUCCAACAUUCCUGCAGCUGCUGGGCUUGUCCACUUGCCUGAGUGUGGUUAUUGUGGCCAUGACCAGGAAAACCUGUUCAUACAGAGGGUAAUUGGACUCUAUCUACAUGUGACUUAAACUAGUUUUGAGUGCAAAGUGAAAAGGGUAAAGAUGGUGACGAGCCCUGUGAAUUCACUCUCAACAUUGGGUUAAAUUGUGCCACAGUGAAUGAUGUCUCCCCAACGCAUUCAACAGUAACUCUCCACUUAAGAUCUUUAUAGAUGGUUCAUGUUUAAAAAAAAUAAUAUAUAUAUAUAUGUAUAUAUAUAUAUGAUCCCUGUUGCCUUUCCAAAAAUGAUAAAUUGUUGUAUCUUUGUUGAAUGUAAAAAAUAAAGAUAAU